CACAGAGUCACCGCCAAAGUGCCGUACACCCUAAUGCUUCCCUUCCCUUUCCCUUCUUUCUACUCUGUGUCACUUUUUGAUUCUGUAACUCUCUGCACCAAUUCCAAAGAAAACCCUAAUCUGACUGACACACGCAGUUAGGACCUUUGUUUACUUGGAAGUUGCAAUGGCUUCAAAGCGGAUCAACAAGGAGCUGAAGGACCUGCAGAAGGACCCUCCUGCAUCAUGCAGUGCUGGUCCUGUUGCUGAUGACAUGUUUCACUGGCAAGCAACAAUUAUGGGUCCCGCGGAUAGCCCAUUUGCUGGUGGUGUGUUUCUUGUUGCAAUUCACUUCCCACCUGAUUAUCCAUUCAAGCCACCUAAGGUUUCAUUUCGCACAAAGGUUUUCCACCCCAAUAUUAAUAGCAAUGGUAGCAUUUGUCUUGACAUUCUGAAGGAGCAAUGGAGUCCUGCCCUUACCAUAUCCAAGGUUCUUCUGUCGAUAUGUUCACUGCUUACGGAUCCAAAUCCUGAUGACCCUCUGGUGCCGGAGAUUGCUCACAUGUACAAGACUGAUAGGGCCAAGUAUGAGACUACCGCUCGAUCCUGGACCCAGAAAUAUGCAAUGAGUUAAGAAUGCUAUGCUUGAGGGCUUAUUAUCUUUUGGUCAUAUUAGUAAAUUAUAGGAAAUAAGGUUGUCUGGAUAUAAAGAAACUGCUUUACUUAGUCAAUAUUUUCUCUUUGGUCAUGGAAAGUUAUAUAAGGGUUCACUUCAAACGGGUAAACGAUCACAGUAAACAUGAAGUUUGGUGGAAACAUAAUUUGUUUUGCCUUCUUUGAGAGGAUGUUUUGGUUUGGCCUAGUUUCUGUUCGGAUCAGCUUAUAAGUUGAUUUGAUCCAAAUAUAAGUUAAUUGGUGUUUGUUUUA